AUGUCGCGAUCGUCUGACUCUCAGUAUGACACGACAGACGAGUCUCGCGAGAGCUUUACGAGAUUAGCAAAUUGCCACCAAUCAAAUCGCGGGAAAGGAAAGGUUCGCGCCAAGUUCAUUCUUCAUUUUGUCAACAGGCUGAUCGCUGGGCGAGUAAGCGAUACUUUUUUUAUUGAAAUAAAAUAUUUAUUGAAGAUGUCAACCAGGGUUCAACGUAAACUUGAAUUCCCUGUGAGGAAAUCGACAAGAUCACAGACAAAAAAGGAUGUGAUACCAUCCCCCAGUCCAUCACUAGCUUCUCCAAAACAACCCAAACAAAGACUGUCUGUAAAACCGAAGCUUGAAUCACCAAGGAAACGGAUUGGCAGUGAUGAUGAUGAAGAAAAUGUACAACCAACAGGAAUUUCUCCAAGUAAAAUGCGGAAAGAAAAUCGUCCUACACCACGCAAAGGUGAAACGCCGAUAUUGGGAGGAAAGUCCAAGACUAAACUUGUCUAUAGAGAUGAAAAUCAAGAUGUACCAAGCUCUCCCUUGAAAGAUUCCAUGAAAGAGGGGAAAAGUCCAUCUAAACCUGUUGGACUUUCAUCGCCCUUAAAAGUCCAGCCUCUUACUCCCAGGAAAGACAACCAACAAAAUAUUCUCAAUUCACCACUAAAACAAAAUUCUGCAACUCCAAGUAAAAGGAGACAACUCAAUUUAGGUUCCCCAUUGAGGGUGAAGCCUCUUACUCCAAAAAAGGUUGAAGAUUCGAACAGAAAAUCUACCCCAUCUCUAAAACUGAAAAAGCAAGAUGGACAAUUAUAUCACAAAGCCAAGCAGUCCUUCCAUACUGCAAAGCCUGAAAGACUUGUGGGCAGAGAUCAAGAAAUGGCAGAAAUUUCCUCAUUUGUAAAAGGUCAUAUGACAAAGAAAACAGCAGGCAGCAUCUAUAUAUCUGGCGCUCCCGGCACUGGAAAGACUGCUGUCCUUAGUCACAUCCUUGACAAUGUACAGGCAACGCACAGCUGUAAAUCAGUAUAUCUGAAUUGUAUGACACUAAAGGAUUCUGCGACUGUGUAUGGCAAGCUCUACACCGACCUGACUGGCAAAUCGCCACCGUCCUCCAAGGAUAGACUCCGGGCUGUGGAGAAGCACCUAACAACAUCAGGACCAAGCAUAAUCAUGGUUUUGGAUGAGAUUGACCAGCUGGAUAGUAAAAACCAGGAGAUUCUUUACACAAUAUUUGAGUGGCCAUCAAUGAGCAAAUCAAGGCUGAUCUUAAUAGGUAUUGCCAAUGCAUUGGAUCUCACGGACCGGAUCCUCCCACGACUCCAGGCCAGACCAAAGUGUAAACCACAACUUCUAAACUUCGCUCCUUACAGCAAAGACCAGAUAGCUGCCAUCUUAAAGGACAGAAUACAGAAGAUUGAGAGCAAUGGAGUAGCUGUAAUGGAAAACAGUGCCAUACAAUUCUGUGCCCGCAAGAUCUCUGCUGUAGCUGGAGACAUGAGAAAGGCUUUGGAUGUGUGUCGUAGGGCAGUCGAGAUGGUGGAAACCGAGGUCCGAAGUCAACAGGUUCUAAAGUCAGCUUCUACAUCAUUGAACAGUCCAUCAAAACAGCCGCCAGCCAUCCCAAAGAAAAUCGGCGUAAUGCAGAUCUCUAGUGUUUUAUCAGAGGUGUAUGGGUCAAGUACCUCUUCAGCUGGUCAAGAGAGCAUACCCCUACAACAGAAACUGGUGGUGUGUACUCUACUGCUGAUGGUCAAGCAAGGACGAAUGAAGGAAGUGACAAUGGGAAAGCUGCAAGAUACCUGUACAAAAGUGUGUAAGAAACGACAAAUGGCAACACAUGACUCAUCCGAGUUCCAGGGACUCUGUACUCUGCUGGAAACACGAGGGAUUAUAGGCAUUAAAAAACCCAAGGAUGGACGUCUGGCUAAGGUGACAUUGAAGUUAAAUGAAAAAGAGCUUGAGUAUACUUUACAAGACAAAGUGUUGAUCUCCUCCAUUCUACAAGAUGGACUAUAGCCAUUUUCAACAUUCUGAAGGUGACAGGAUCGUUCUACAUGACAGACUAUAGUCAUUAUCAGCAUACUAAAUUCUACAUGACAGACUACAGUCAAAUGAAAAAAUAAUCAAUGACACUAUGUCUUAAAACUUUGUUCUUUACUGAUUAUUUUUGAUAAAAAGAGAAAUAUGUUUCUGAGCUACUGUUUUGAUAUUUUUGAAAGCAUAUUGAUUCUGAAGAAUGUUAAUUGCUUCCAAAAAAAAUCAGAGGAAAAGCAAUUGUUUAGCUGUUUUUAACUUCCUUUCUCAAAAUUAACUUGCUAAAUGUUUCCUCGUUGAUUUUAACUAUUUUAUGUGUAUACUUCAAUUCUGGAUUGCUUAAUUUUCAUGUCUGUUAUAAAUAGUUAUAAAUAUCAACAUUGAACACUUUAAAUCCAUCAACAUCUAGUCACUCAACUGAAGGAAGAUAUCUAGUCUGUUUACCUAAAACAAAUCUAUAUUUGUACUCAUAUAGUUUUCAAUAUCAACAGCAAUUACUAAUCAAAGAAAUGAAAUUUGGUGAGAAUUUAAGUGGUGGAGCUGAUCGUUAAGCCCUUAGGUUUUGGGGGAAAAUGUAAUCGUCACAGAUAAUAUUUCAAUUCAGAAUCAAAUCUGCAUUUCUUGUUUAUUAAUAUGCUAAUUCUAUGGUGUUGAUAUUAUUAAUCAAAAUUACAAUUUUUUUGUAAGAAAUUUCAUAUAAUUAAUUGUAUCAUACACAAUUGUUAUAAAUGUUCUUGUUUCAUAUUAGAUUUGUUUGAACUACAUUGGGGAUUCCUGGAACUGUCUGUUAUGGACAGGUGUCUGAAACUGUCCGUUAUGGACAGGUGUCUGAAACUGUCCGUUAUGGACAGGUGUCCGCUAUUACAGGUUUGACUGUAUACAUGUAUAUACUGUGCAGUGAUCGGUUACAGUUAUUGCUGUAUAGUAGUAUGACAGAAAUAAUUUCAUUUUAAAUUGUAACUUUUGUACAUUUUGAAUUGAAUCAUGAACAUUGUACAUGUAGUGUUUUCCGUUAGUUUUUCCAAUGUUCAAAUUUAAUUUAAUGCACAAUUUGUAGAAAAAAUCACACACAAACUUGGAAAAGAAAUUGGGGAAGAAAGCAGGUUUUAAAAGAAACGGGUGUAGAAAAGGAGGAAAAUCUCAUCUGAAAGGGCCCAUGACAAAUAGGGAUAAAGAAAAGAAACCUUUACAUGAAAAUAAAAUAUCAUUACCAAGCCUGGUAUACAAUUAAAAAAUACUCAAUUCUGCAGGAUUUUUACUUCUAUAUACAUGUAGUUGGGUGACAAUUUUGGUCCUGUUACCAAUGCAUUGUGUAUGUUGCUAAAUUGCCAAUGAAGUCUGACACUUUAUUUCCAGAAAUCUUGUAUAUUUUAAUGAGAGGACAUUAAAUGCAGCAACCUAUGUUCCCUUCAUUUUACAUAUGCUGCACACAAUAUAAAUCUCCAAUUUAUCCCAGUAGACAAUUUACACAUGUAUACCUAAAAUGACCAACACUCUGCUCCAGUUUUACUGGUUAACCCAGGUUUGCAUUGUAAUUACUUGUACCUAUAAAAGCAUGUUGUACAUUGUAUUUGCAUGAUAAACUGAUAUUUUUUUAUAUAUAUUUUGUUCUCAAAUUUAUUAAUUACAUGAUUUUAA